AUGAAUUAUUUGUUGUUAAAGGUCUCCGAUGAAUGUAUUCAAGAGCUACACGAUCAGGGCGAGCUGGAGACAAGAUAUGCAAAACUUCGACCAUUGCUACAAACUACAAUAGCGGCUAUCCAAAUUGAAAAUUUGCCAAAAGUUCCACCUUCAAUGCUCCAGGCCGAAGUAACCGUUGCAGCGGCAGCAGCAGCACCAGGCGCUGCUCAUCAGCAGUUUCACGAUACAAAACGUUCAACACCAGUAUUGCAUGCUUCACCAGCUUCUUCGAAUUGCAAGGUUGUUAGCCUAAAUAAAACAGUAGUAAUAGUACAUAAUAUUCCGAUACUUUGA